AAUAAUAAGGUGUUUUAUCUUUUAUUUAUGUUUACAAAUUGUAUCAUUCUUCGUUCAAGUACCCCAGAAUUAAGUCCAAUAAUCACAUCAGAAACUGUAAUUGUGCCUGUGAAGAAUAAUGUUUCAGACAACAUUUCAAGGGCCAUUAUUCACCGCGUACUAUAGCGUCGGCAGUCGUCCGCUGGAUAAUUGGGCAGUUCAGUGCAAAGAAGGAGAAAUGCAACAGGUUCUAGACGACAUAAUGAAGUCCAACGUGCUCCAAAUACAGUCGCCAAACGUAAACGCCUGCUUUAUAACCUGUCCAUUGAAUUCUAAAGGUUCGCUGGGUGUUCGGUUGCCGUUUGUGACGUUGUUGAUGAAAAACCUAGGUCGAUUUUUUACGUUUGAGUUCACGAUUUUGGACAGCGAAAACAUUCGUCGACGUUUGCGCUUUAGCAACUAUCACUCGAUCAAAAAGCUGAGUACGUUCAUGAUUACGAUGCCGGUUAGUACAGACGAGGGUUGGAACCAACUGAUAAUGAAUUUGGCAGAGAUCACAAACCAAUCGUUCAAAACGACCUAUGUAGAGACGGUCCGCGUACAAGUCCACGCAAACUGUCGUUUGAGGAGGAUAUAUUUCAGUGAUCAGUUGUACAAAGACGAUGAGCUGCCAAAAGCUUACAGGAUGCUCGGGACUAAAGACGCGAGAGAAAAACCGAAAAGCAUGUUGAAGAAAAAGGCGGCAGUCGUUGACAAAAAAUCGGCGGGCGAUCAGUAGUAGAGUAUGUUUCAAAUGAAUAUCAUCGAAACAAAUAAUAAAACACCUGACAGUGCGGAAAAUGUCUUGUCCGCAUCAUCUGAAUCUACGACGGAGAUUUGCGUCGACAUUAUUUAGUAUUGUGUUGUAAACAAACACUUAUUGUAAUUUUAUCAUAAUAUAAAUUAAUGAAUAAAUUACAAUAUAGACUGUCUGAUAUAA